AUGGGCGGCCGGAACAGCAUGGCUUUCGCUGGGCGCAAUCCCCAGAUGCUGGAAAAGCUCGUAAUAGUAGACAUUGGGCCGGAAAUCGAUCCCGCCGGCUCAGCGCGUAUCACCCGCGAGGUCGUGGAAGUGCCCGAGGAAUUUGACAGCUUUGAGGCUGCGUUCCAGCACGUUAACGGACAGAACCGCUUCGCCUCCGAAGCAGUAAUGCGCCGUCGGCUGAGGUACCAGACCAGGGAGCUGGCCAACGGCAGGAUCGGCUGGCGCUACGACCCGGAGAUCCGGGAACAGCGCCGCAACGUCACCGGCGCUCCCCCGCCUGACUUGUGGGGCCCCCUGAGUCAGGCGACCUGUCCCACCCUCAUCGUUCGCGGUUCGGACACCGACACGCUUAGCCUCGAAGUGGCCAAUCGUAUGGUGGAAACCCUGGCCGACGGCCGUUUGGCCCACGUGGACAACGCAGCCCACAUGGUGUUCGAGGACAACCCCGAGCAAUUCAAUGCUGCCCUGGCAGACUUCCUGGGGUAG